CCCUCACCUUUGCCCCCCACCACAGCCUAAAUCCCAGCCCAAACCCCACCACACCCAAACUACCCACACAACUCGACCCAACGCACACAGCGCGACGCAGCCCGGGGAUCAACCAUGUCGACUGUGGGCCUGGAGAGGAGCCGGACAGCCGAGGCCCUGGAACUCCACCCGCCAGACUCGCCCGUGGCUGCCGAACGCGAGCGCGAACAGGAGCGCCGCAACCGCAGCGGCAUCAUCAGUGCGCCGCUCAGCAAAAGCCUGAAGCACUCGCGCGCCCUCUCCCAGUACACCCCUGCCUGCCCCAACAACAAUAAUAACCACAACAACCACAGCAACAGCAACACAACGCACCACGUCAAUGGACUCCACAGCAAGAGCCACCACCAUCACGCCUCGUCCAAGACCCUGGAGCCCCCGGACAGCCCGCCCUUGUCGCAGCAGCAGCCCCCGACUAUGGUGCCCGCGCUGGACCGGGGCAAACUGGACCGGACCCUGGAGCAGAUGCUGGAGGGCCAGAACGGGCUGUUGCACUUCGCCCAGGCGGCCGCGCUGCUGAAGCGGGCGGGCAUGGAGCACAUGCUGCUGCCGGGCGGGGGCGUGGGGCUCGGCUUGGGCGUCCUGGGGGCUGGCGGUGCCAGCGAUUCGACGGUCGCGACCGGGAGUGAGCUGGAGGUGGCCUCGGCCGCCGUGGACGCGGUGGGCAGCCUGGCGGACGCCUUCGCCUAUGGCGGCGCUGGUGCCGGCUUCCCGUUCAACCCGGGCCUGUUCAUCAUGACGCCGGCCGGGGUGUUCCUGGCGGACAGUGCGCUGCACAUGGCCGCAGGACUGGCGGCCGAGUACCCUGGGCUGGGGGGGGUGGGCGCGGGGGCGGCGCAGGGCGCGGACCUGGCCUCCGCCAUCAGCUCGGCCAAGAAGAAGCGGAAACGCUGCGGCAUGUGCCCGCCGUGCCGGCGCCGGAUUAACUGCGAGCAGUGCAGCAGCUGCCGCAACCGCAAGACCGGACACCAGAUCUGCAAGUUCCGCAAGUGCGAGGAGCUCAAGAAGAAGCCCUCCGCGGCGCUGGAGAAGGUCAUGCUGCCGACAGGAGCGGCGUUUCGAUGGUUCCAGUGAGACUGUGACCCCCCUUCCUCCUCGACUCCAACACCCCUGACCCCCGACCCCCGACCCCCAGAGCCCCGAACCUGCACCCAAAGCUCUGCAAUCAAGUGCAAUGCCAAUUCUUGCUUGGAUUGUUCUCGGGCACGGACACUGGCUGAAACACACACACACACACCCACCCAGCGUUACAACAAGACUACAUAAAGAAGAAAAAAAAACAGCAAACAAAAAGCAGCAGUGAUGAAAAAACACCUAUCUUUUUAAAAAAGGAAAGAAUUACUCAAUACAAACACAGCAUUAACAGUACACAAAAAAUAAUCAAUUGCGUUAUGGAUGCACCUACUUAUUCCUUGAACCAAAAAUUUAAGCAUAAAGAGAGAGAGAGUGAGAAAAAAACUAUGGCAACUUUCAUUCCCUUUUCUAUGUUUCCAUUUUGGUACCUUUUAGUCCUUUUUCCAGCAGGUUUUUCUGUCACUUAAAAAAAAACAUGGAGCUGUUCAUUGCCAAACAGAAAUGACGGACUGAGUGUGGACAAUCAAACUAAUUUCUGCGUUUGGUGUUAAUGUCGUUCAUGUGUGGAAAGAUACAGUACUUGUGUAGAGAAUGUAAAUUUUACGGCUAUAUUUUAAAAUUUAGUGGCUAACGACAAGCACUAUUGUAAUUUAGCACCAUUGUUCUUACUCAAAACUUCUGUAUUUUAUGAUUGUUUUUUUUUUUGCUGUUUUUUUGUCGAUGUUGCUUUAUUUUGUUUUUGUUCUGUUUCGAGACUAUAGUUUCAGAAAGAGAUCAAUGUUUUUGUUUUGUUUGUUUCGAAAGAAAAGACAUUGUUCUGAGAUGUAAAAAUCCAUUUUUAUUCAGCUACAAUAAAGAGCAGGAGAGCGAGUGAGAGAGAGAGAGAGAGAGAGAGAGAGAGAGAGAGAGAGAGAGAGAGAGAGAGAGAGAGAGAGAGAGAGAGAGAGAGAGAGAGAGAGAGAGAGAGGGUUACAUGGCGGAACUAAGCUGUUAUGCUGUAGUAAAAGUCCCCUCUUUAUCCCUAUACAACAUGCUCAGUGCCACAACAUUGACUUAAAAAGCCUACGACAGAAAUAUGACUGGAAGUCCUUUAAAUGGCAACCAACCCAUGUUACUUGCCUACUUGUCCAAUUGUUUGUUUUUUUUAUUGUUAUUUUGGUGAAACUGGCAGCCUUAUUUUUUAUUUACCACGUCUCCAAAGAGCAUUUCUGCUGUGAUAGAGCUCUUUUGGCAGGACUGGGAGACAGCACUUGCUCUACUCAUGUCGACGCACUGAAAACAUUUUCAUUUUGUUUGUUUUUGUUUGUUUGUUUGUUUGUUUUCUAUGACGUUGCCAGUAGCUACAUCUUUUAAAAAGAAACAGCGAUGUUUGUAUUCAAUUAGAAAAAAAAUAUGGGCUGGUUUUGUGAAUAAAAACAAAUGCAUGUAUUUGUGUCAAACAUUUUGCAGCUGUGAUUGUCUGAUUGCAUGUGAUUUGCUCUCUACAAAUGGGGAAAACAGAAUGUGUGUGCAACAGCUAUUGAGGGACGAACUUGAGACGUGUUCCAAUAUUUCUCAUUUUUUUCAUAGAAAAAAUAAAAUAAUAAAGCACUCUUGGAUACA